GAACAAAAAUGUUGCUCAUGAAAGUUUGUAGAUUAAUUAAUUACACGGGACUUGGUAAUUACUGGAACGAAGGUUCUGGAAAUUGUUAUUUGACAAUAUCAUUAAGUGCUUACAUAAUUAUGGUAUUGCUCGAAAAUCUCGCCGCUUGCUUUGGAGAUUUCCCGAAAGUUGAAAAGAAUUCUGCGGUCAUGUUUUCCGUGAUACACAACACGGUGUUGGCUAAAAUGUUUCUACUAUUAUAUUACAAAAAGUCGAUAAGAAAAUUAAACAUUGAAAUGGCUGAACUCGGCGCGGACAUGGAAGAUGAUGUGAUAAUGAAUAAACAGCAUAAAAAAAUUAAAUACGGCCUUCUUUUGUAUUUUGUUUCCGUUUAUUUGUCACUUCUAGCUUAUGGUGUAGACAGUUUGAGAAAAUGUGUAACUGAAGGGACGCCAUUCUAUACGGUAGUGACAUAUUAUCCAGGUUAUGACAGCACAACAUAUGUGGCGAGUGUACUGAGAGUAUUUUUCUAUAUGACAUGGUUGUAUAUGAUGCUACCGAUGAUGGCAGCAGAUUGUUUGCCUAUAGUGCACCUUAUUAUUAUGGCUUAUAAAUUUAUUACAUUGUGCAACCAUUUCAAGAAAAUAAGCAAAGAAUUCCGACGAAAUAAAACUAAUACGAGGAAAGAAUCUGCUAUAUUAAAGCUUAAAUUGGGUUGCAUGCAAGGAAUUUUAAUGCACCGGAAAUUAAAUUUAUUAUUAAAAGAAGUGAAUCGUGUUUUCGGCAUGAUAAUGUCUCUACAAGUUUGUGAGAGUUCUGCUGUUGCUGUUUUACUUCUGUUAAGAUUAGCGAUAUCUCCCCGACAAAAUGUAACAGAUGCGAUAAUGACGUAUACAUUUGUUACCUCCUUAUUCAUAUUAUUGGCUCUUAACCUUUGGAAUGCCGGUGAAAUAACUUACCAGGCUUCGCUUUUGUCAUUUGACAUAUAUUCCUGCGGCUGGCAUCUGUGCGAUUCCUUCCCACAGCAUCAAAAGGACGUCAAACACCUGGUCCUUGUUAGCACUGCACAAGCGCAGAAGUCGCUUAUUUUGAAAGCGUUUGCCAUACAAGAAUUAUCGUAUGCAACUUUUGUUUCGGUGGCCAGACUGACUUAUUCUAUAUUUGCAGUAUUUUAUAAAUGA